AUGUCCCUGUUGGCCCAGGUCUACAGGGACUUGAUCUCCCCUGGUAGACCCCUUCGGGUUUCGGCCGGCUCCACGAAGACGCGUUGUUGGCCACUACUCGACGACGAUCUGCCCACCGAGAGGCGCCACGUAUUCCCGCAGCCUUCCAUCCGUUGCUCCUCCGAUCUGAACGCUGACGUCGAGCCGGCUGGCCCGCCGGGACGGGAGCCGCUGCUGCCACCCGAUCGUGCGGCUCGACCUGGAGGAAGACGCGCCGCCUCCUCUGCAUCUACUGCAUACAUCUUCUACAACGACUUCGGCCGCUCGCGACGGUCUAGUUUGAUUCUUUUCACGCUGGUAUCGCUAAAA